AUGACAAGAAGGACGGGUGGACGAACUGAUGGCUUCCAGUGGGAGUGCAGGCAUGCAAGCUAUAAAGGAAGAAAAUGUACCAGCACGAUAAGGCGUGGUUCAUUUUUUGAAAGAUCCAAGAUUAGCCUGUCAUCAUGGAUGACUUUUAUUUACCGUUUUUCUCAGGGUUUACGCCUUAGGCAGUCCGACAUGGUGCAGGAUGGGAUUGCACGCAGUUCACGGACGUUAUCGAAGAUGGCUGGAUCGCUCCGAAAAAUUUGCAAGCGGGCAAUGAAAAAACAUGCCAGAAGCCAUGAUCAAAAAGUCGGAGGUCAAGGAGAAUUCGCAAUGAUUGACGAGAGCUGUUUCCGUCAUAAACGCAAGUAUCACCGUGGAAGGGCCUCUGCUACAUGGCGAAGAAAAAAAUGGGUCUUUGGAAUUUUAGGAAUAAGAAACGAGCGGAGGCGUCCCAUUCUGCGGCUGGUGAGGAGAAGAGGACGGCAGAAUCUUAUUCCGAUAGUGGUGAAACAUGUGCGUCCAGGAACCACCUUAAUCAGCGACGAGUGGCGCGCUUACAGGGGCGCAUUAGGUGCCAUGGGCUACACCCACUUCACCGUGAACCAUUCCAGAUGGUUUGUUGAUCCUAACAGUGGGGCCCAUACUCAGCACCUGGAGAGGGCCUGGUUGAAAUAUAAGUCCUCCAUUUGGAGGCUUCGUGGAAACCGAACGGAAAAAAUGCUGAAGGAUCACCUCUCAGUCAUUGAGUGGACCCACUGGCUGGGCAGCGAACACCGCAAUGGUCCCCUUGGUAGUCUCAUACGUGACAUUCGCCACCAGUACCCGGUUUAG